UCAGUGCAAUAAUUCCUCUUAAGUCUGAUUCUUCUUCUUGCCAACAGGUACAGUUCUUAUAAGAAGUAACAAUGGUCAACUAAUGUUAGUAUCUCAACAAGCAAUAGCUCGAGCACAGAGCCAGACACAAAAUAAUGCAGGUACAAGGCCAUCAAUACCUACCAGCACACCUUCAGUCAGGAUUUGUACUAUACAGAACACUGGCACCAAUUUACUAAAAAAAGUAGUAGCGACUCCUGUGAAAACAGUAUCUCAAACAACAAAUUCAGUUGCAUCUACUGAUCGAAGACCUGCUGUAGUACAGACAGCAGCUGCAACUAACAGUGUUAUGACAGUUACUACUGUAAAACCUCCAGGGACUGGAACACCUGUAAAGCUUCCUGUUUCAGGACCACCUGCACCAUCUGUCUCCCAACAAGCAACCUCUGUCAAAGGAGAGGGCACAACAGUAGCACAGCCCAACACUUCCACAGAAACGCUAGAGAACGUGAAGAAAUGCAAGAAUUUUCUUGCAACGUUAAUAAAGCUGGCAUCUAGUGGGCCUCAAGCCCCAGAAAUGGGACAGAAUGUGAAGAAUCUGGUACAGCAUCUGUUGGAAGCAAAAAUUGAACCAGAAGAAUUUACAAAAAAGCUCUAUGUAGAACUCAAGUCUUCUCCGCAACCAUAUCUGGUUCCUUUCCUUAAGAAAAGUAUGCUUGCCUUACGGCAGCUAAUGCCCAAUGCUCAAAGUUUUAUCCAGCAGUGUGUGCAGCAGCAGGCUCCAAUCCAAGCAGUUGUUUCUACCUGUAUCUCGACAGCCCCAACUUCCUCCACAGUAGUGACCACCUCAGCUCUGGCAACAACCUCUCUUCAGCCCGUAAAACCAGUCCUUGCUUCUGCAGUGGUCACAGGUGCUCAGACUGUCAAGCCAGUUCCUUCCACUAUACGGGUGACAACAGCAGCUGCCCCCCUCCAGACUGUUAAGCCAGUGUCAGCCCCUUUUCAACCUGCAAAUCCAGUCCACAUGUCUGCAGUGGCCACAACCUCUCUCCAGGCUGUGAAACCUAUCUUUGCAUCUCCGGUAGCAACCACAACGACAACCCCUCUUCAGUCUUUGAAAUCUGUCAUUGGGACACCUAUCAGUAUUAAAAUUACACAGCCCAAAUCUACUGUUGCACAAUCCGUCCAUGCUCAACAGGCAGUUAGAGUAAAACAGCUGGUAGUCCAGCAGCCAUCAGGAAGCAUCGUAAAACAAGUGGCCACACUUCCACAAACAGCAACGCUGACUCUCCAGAAACCUGGUGAAAAAAGGAGUCCCUUAAAUGCACUAAUUCAAACUAACCAGGUUCCUGCAGGUUCCUUUCUGAAACAAAUUACACUGCCAGGAAACAAAAUUCUGUCGCUUCAAGCAUCUCCUGUUCAGAAAAAUAAAAUAAAAGAGAAUGGAACAACAUCCUUCAGAGAUGAAGAUGACAUCAAUGAUGUGACUUCUAUGGCUGGAGUCAACUUAAGUGAAGAAAAUGCAUGCAUCUUGGCAACGAACUCUGAAGUAGUUGGUACGCUGAUCCGAUCUUGUACAGAUGAAACAUUUCUCUCCUCGGAGGCUUUGCAAAAGAAGAUCUUAGACAUAGGUAGAAGGCAUGACAUUAUGGAACCUAACUCUGAUGUUGUGAACUUGAUCUCCCAUGCUACACAGGAGAGAUUACGAGGGCUCCUAGAAAAACUGACUGUAAUUGCUCAGCAUCGAAUGACAACCUAUAAGGACAGUAAUAAGUACAUCAUGUCUAGUGACACUAGAGCACAACUGAGAUUUCUUGAGAAGCUGGAUCACAUGGAAAAACAGAGAAAGGAUGAAGAGGAACGAGAAAUGCUUCUACGGGCAGCCAAGAGUCGUUCCAAUAAAGAAGAUCCAGAACAGCUGCGAUUAAAGCAGAAAGCAAAAGAGAUGCAGCAGUUGGAACUGGCCCAGAUGCAACAAAAAGAAGCUAAUCUCACAGCAUUGGCAGCCAUUGGGCCAAGGAAAAAGAGACCACUGGAUUCACCAAACCUUGGAUCUGGCCUUGAGGGCUUGAAUGGCAGUGCAGCUGCUUCUGGAUCAUCUGGUUUUAGUCUUACAAAACAAUUAUUUCGUCCAAGAAUAACACGUGUCUGUCUCAGGGACUUGAUAUUCUGCAUGGAACAAGAGAGGGAGAUGAAGCAUUCUCUAGCCUUGUACCGUGCUCUUCUCAAGUAAUGGUUCAAAGCUUAUAUUUCAUUUCUUGCUGUCUACUGCCAAAGAAAACACUGAAACAUUGUUGCACUGUCCUGAGAUUCCAAUUUCUGGAAAAUAAUCCGUUAUAAGGAUAACUUUUGUUUACAGAUUAAUUUUUAUUAAAUACCUAACUUAGCACCUGGAGGGCUUUUUAACUAAUCAGUCACAUUUGGGGCCAGUCCGCAAAACACUGAAGAUACCUUGCACACAAGAACUCAACCCACUUGCAUGCACUGAACUCUUGCAGACUGAAGACUUAAGAUGUGUACCAAGAUAUCUGUCACUUGCUUCAGUACUUCAAACUCUACAAUGGCUGUUCUAUGUGUAAAGCCUUCCUGUCAGCCAAUCUUAUUUAGGAAAACAAAUUUCAAGGCACUUCAUAGCCCGAUGAAUGUAUCUAAUCAUGAACCAGAAUCAUCAGUCAUGCUAGUAUAUUGCCUACCUGACGUAGCAUCUCUUUACAUUUUCUGGCUUUAAAAUUAGUUGCUGUAACUAUUUCUAAAAUGCAAGGAACAAGGCAGCAAGCAAAGGGAUGUGGAGUAAUAUCCCUUCUAAAUCAAGAGGAGGAUGAGCAAUUAUUUUUCCCACCCCUGAGUGGAAUGAAUUUUGUGUGCACCCAUAUGGGGGCAAUGUGUGACACAUCACCUUCAUAUUGGUGCACAAAACAAAAUUCAUGUGGUGGUGGUGGGGGCCAAAGGGUUUUGAGUGUGAGAGGAGGCUUGGGGCAGAGGGCUGAGGUAGAGAAGUGUGAGGGCUCCAGCUGGGGGUGUGAGAUCUGGUGCAGGGCUGGUGAUGAGGGGCUCAGGGCUGGGAUACCAGAGUGUUAGGGCUCUGGAUAGGGCUGUGGGUUCUGGGAUGGGGCCAGAUUGAGUCCCUUGGGAUAAGGGAGGGUGCUCUGGGACUACUUCCCAUCUCUCUCUACUCGCAGCAACACUUGGACUGGGAGAGAAAAUCACUUUUUCCUGCCAUGGCAGCUGCAGGGCUGAGGAUGCAGGACAGGCACCUGGCCCCAACAGGUUCUAGUUGGAGCUGAGUAUCUAGGGCGAGGGAUGCUCUGGCCA